GUGGGGCUGACGCCGCCGCGGGAGGCGGGGGCGGCGGAGGUGGAGGCGGCCCGUGCAGAGCAGGCGCUCACGGGCAGCGCAACAGAUGGCUAAGAGCUAGCAAGGCAUAUUCAAGACCAUGAUGGCUCAGUUUCCCACAGCCAUGAAUGGAGGUCCAAACAUAUGGGCCAUCACCUCUGAAGAGCGAGCCAAGCAUGACAAGCAGUUUGAUAGCCUUAAACCCACAGGAGGCUACAUUACAGGUGAUCAAGCACGUACCUUUUUUUUGCAGUCGGGUCUACCAGCUUCAAUCCUUGCUGAAAUAUGGACACUAUCAGACCUGAACAAGGAUGGAAAAAUGGAUCAACAGGAGUUCUCUAUAGCCAUGAAACUCAUCAAGCUGAAAUUACAAGGACAGCACUUGCCUGCAGUUCUCCCUCCUGUCAUGAAACAAACUCCAGUAUUUUCGCCACUAAUGUCAGCUCGCUUUGGAAUGGGUAGUAUGCCAAAUCUGUCCAUGCCAACGUCCAUGUCUACGAUCACACCGUUAGCUCCCGUGUCUCUGACCUCCAUGACUUCCAUUCCUCCUUUGGUUAUCUCUGCUCCCCUGGUGCCUUCUGUCAGUACCCCCUCAUUGCCAAAUGGAACAUCCAACAUUCUGCAGCCUUUGGCUGUACCUUUCUCUUCAACACUGCCUCAUUCUUUAGGUCCCAUGGCAGGAGGGUUUGGUGGUUCUAGUAUACAGAAGGCGCAGUCACUAAUCGAUUUAGGAUCUAGCAGUUCAAAUUCUUCCUCUAGUGCUUCACUAGCUGGGAAUUCACCAAAGAUUGCAUCCUCAGACUGGGCAGUUCCUCAGGCCUCCAGAUUAAAAUACAGACAGAAAUUUAACAGUCUUGAUAAAAGUAUGAGCGGAUAUUUAUCAGGAUUUCAAGCAAGGAACGUCCUCCUGCAAUCAAACCUCUCACAGACUCAGUUGGCUACUAUUUGGUCACUAGCUGAUAUUGAUGGAGAUGGACAGCUGAAAGCUGACGAGUUUGUGUUAGCUAUGCACCUGACUGAUAUGGCCAAAGCUGGACAACCUCUGCCACUAACUCUGCCUCUUGAACUGGUACCACCUUCUUUCAGGAGUGGAAAAUAUACUGAAAAUAUAAAUGGAACUCUGCCAUCUUACCAGCCUGUACAAGAGGAGGAGCCACAGAAAAAACAGCCAGUGACAUUUGAGGACAAAAGGAAAGCAAACUACGAGAGAGGAAAUAUGGAGCUGGAGAAACGCCGUCAGGUCCUGUUGGAGCAGCAGCAGAGAGAGGCCGAACGUAAGGCUCAGAAAGAAAGAGAAGAACAAGAGCGAAGAGAGAGGGAGCGUCAGGAACAGGAACGGAAAAAACAACUCGAACUGGAAAAGCAGCUGGAGAGACAACGGGAGUUGGAAAGACAAAGGGAAGAAGAACGGAGAAAAGAAAUAGAAAGGCGGGAGGCAGCAAAGCAAGAACUUGAGCGUCAGCGACGAUUGGAAUGGGAGAGAAUUCGUCGCCAAGAACUUCUUAAUCAACGUAACAGGGAACAAGAAGAAAUUGUCAAGUUGACCUCUAAAAAGAAGAGCCUUAAUCUCGAAUUGGAAGCCCUGACGGACAAACAUCAGCAAAUCUCAGGCAGAUUGCAAGAUACUCGAAGCAAAAAGCAAAUUCGAAAAACUGAGCUGGAGGCUUUAGAUAAGAAAUAUGACCAAGGAAUCAUGGAAGUUAAGCAACUACAACAACAGCUUCAGGAGUAUCAGAAUAAACUAAUCUACUUAGUUCCUGAAAAACAAUUGUUAAGUGAAAGAAUUAAAAAUGCUCAACUUGAAAACACUCAGAGUACAGGAAUCGGUUCACUGCACAAAAAGUCCCUAGAAAAGGAAGAAUUAUGCCAAAGACUUAAGGAACAACUAGAUGCCCUUGAGAAGGAAACUGCUUCUAAACUUGCCGAAAUGGAUGCAUUUAACAGUCAGCUUAAGGACCUGAGAGAGAGUUACAGUACACAGCAGUUAGCCUUGGAGCAGCUCCACAGGAUCAAACAGGACAAAGUAAGAGAGGUAGAAAAAAGAAGAGCUGAACUUGCACAGAAAAAGCGACUGGAAGACGAGGCUGCAAGAAAAGCAAAACGGGAGAAGGAGAACCGAUGGCAGGAAAACAUCCGAAGGGAAGAGGAAGAGAAAAAGAAGCGAUUGGAGGAAGAACGAAUGCAAGAAAAAGUUCAAGAAAAGCUGAAAGCUGAAGAAGCAGCUGCUCUGAUGAGAGAAAGGGAAAAUAAACAACAGCUUCAUGCAGAGGAGGAGAAAAAUAGGCAAGCCACAGUCUUGAGGGAAACAGAACAACAAAGGCAGAGGCAACUAGAAGAAGAUAAAAGAAAGCAAGAACAAAUUGCAAAAGAAGCUGAGGUGCGGCGUAAGCAGAAUGAAGAAAUAAAGAAGUUAAAAGAAGUGACCAACACUCAAGAGGUGGAGAAACGCACUUCUAAAUUAAAUAUAAAUGAGAAGUUUGCAGAUCUGUUGAAACCAACAGAGGGUAAAAGUCUUAAGCCACCCUGGAAAAAUGAAGGCAAUGCAGUUAGUGCCUCAGAGUCUAGGAAUUCAGUUGCCUUGGUAAAUUACAGAGCUUUAUAUCCGUUUGAAGCAAGAAAUCACGAUGAGAUGAGCUUUAAUACUGGUGACAUAAUUCAGGUUGAUGAAAAAACUGUGGGAGAGCCUGGUUGGCUUUAUGGGAGUUUUCAAGGACAGUUUGGUUGGUUUCCAUGCAAUUAUGUAGAAAAAAUACCAGAAGGAGAAAAAUCUUUAUCUCCUAAGAAAGCCUUACUUCCUCCUACAGUAUCUUUGUCUACUACCUCAGCUGCUUCAGAACCACUUUCACCAAGUAAAUCUGCAGAAUUAUCUGAUUACCAAAACAUACCUUUUUCUAGCCUGAACGUUAAUACAGCGUGGCAGCAGAAAUCAGCUUUUACUCGCACUGUGUCCCCUGGAUCAGUUUCACCCAUUCACGGACAGGGGCAACCUGUCGAGAACUUAAAAGCACAAGCACUUUGUUCUUGGACUGCAAAAAAAGAUAACCACUUGAAUUUUUCAAAAAAUGAUAUCAUUACUGUCCUGGAGCAGCAGGAGAACUGGUGGUUUGGAGAGGUACAUGGAGGAAGGGGUUGGUUUCCAAAAUCCUACGUCAAGCUGUUACCUGGGAGUGAAAUCAAGAAAGAGGAACCAGAAGCUAUUUAUGCAUCUGUAAACAAAAAGCCUAAUACGCACUCUUACGCAGCAGGAGAGGAGUACGUUGCGCUCUAUUCGUAUUCAAGCUCCGAGCCUGGUGACUUGACUUUCACGGAGGGUGAGGAAAUCCGAGUGACCCAGAAGGAAGGGGAAUGGUGGACCGGGAGCAUUGAUGGCAGAACUGGAAUCUUCCCCUCCAAUUAUGUCAGACCAAAGGAUCAAGAAGCUUCUAGUAAUGCUGGCAAAACUGGAACAAUAAAUAAGAAACCUGAAAUUGCUCAGGUUACUACUGCCUACACUGCAUCAGGAACUGAACAGCUUAGUCUUGCUCCCGGACAGCUAAUACUUAUUCUGAAGAAAAAUGCUAGUGGAUGGUGGCAAGGAGAGUUGCAGGCCAGAGGGAAAAAGAGACAGAAAGGAUGGUUCCCUGCCAGCCAUGUGAAAUUACUGGGUCCAAGCAGUGAAAGAACCACAUCUGCUGCUCCCUCAGUGUGUCAGGUGAUAGCGAUGUAUGAUUAUAUGGCGAACAAUGAAGAUGAGCUCAGUUUCUCCAAAGGGCAGCUUAUUAAUGUACUGAACAAAGAUGAUGCUGACUGGUGGCAAGGAGAAAUCGGUGGUGUGACGGGUCUCUUCCCCUCAAACUACGUGAAGAUGACCACAGACUCUGAUCCAAGUCAGCAGUGACCCAAUGUUGUCUUCCAGUGUGAAAGCACCUCAGAGACCCACUAUCCAAGUUUGACUGUAGCGUGGAGGCAGGGUGGCCAGCCCUGCUCACAUAUCUCUGACACAAUCCUUUUGCUUCGUUUGAACGUUAGAUCCAGUCAAGAAAUUAGGUUUUUGUGGGUUUUCUUAUAAUCUACAGUUCCAGUUGAUUUGUAAAAGCAGAAAGGAUAGUGGGUCUUUGUGUGGCUUUCACUGCUGUUCAUUCUUGUUUCCUUUAGUAUUUUUCUUUGGUAUUGAUAAUCGUAGAUCAUUAGCAUGCAUAUCAAGUUAUCGUUUGCAUGGUGGGAUUGCAGACACACAAAGACCCACUAUUUGCACAGUUUAUCUGGGCUGUUUUGAAUGGGCAGUUGUGUUCUUUUAAUGUUGUAAUGUACAUACUUCGCAGAAUUAAAAUGUUCACUGAUUACUGUUCUAAUGGACUUGAUUUAAUCUCUUACAUAUUGAGCUUUUAAAAUUGGUGGCCUACAAGGCUCAUCCAGAAAACAAACCCUACCUGUCUCUGCUGCUGAUAGUCACUGUGAUUACAAACGUGUGUACAAGAUCUGAGAUUUAGAUCUGGCACAGUCCAUCCAGCCUUUUAAUACCCUUUUUAACGGGGGAAAGAACUAUUAAGCGUACAGUGGAGGAUAUUUUAAUUUUUUUUCUUCCUUCACAGUAGUACUAUAGCAGGAAUUCAGGUUGUUUUGCCUUGAUAUGUCCUAUCCCUAAACAACCUCCUUCCUUUAAAUACUUUAUUCCCAUAAUUUGUAUUUGCUUUCAGUUUUAGCAAACAGCAAACACGUGCUAGUUACUGCAGUAAGUACUUAUACAGCCUCUGUGCUACUAGACCCUUCCCCUGCCCCUUUUCUUCAUUAAAUAGUUGAUGGUACUGAAUAGUGUUUUUGUCUGGCCAUGGUCUGCAGUGACUUAAAAUACUAUGUGAAAGUUGCUGCUCUUUGUUCUGUUAAAUAAGCAGCCUAAUGCAUAGGUAACCUUGAUAAAGAGAUGUUGCCAGCAACAAAACACUAACAGAUACCUGGAGCUGAAGGUAGAGCCUUUGGGUUUAAAAACGGAACUAUAUUCCUCAGCUCAGAAGUGGCCCUUAAAGGUACAGUUACGGCCUGUCAGCAAGUGUGGCGCAGUAACGGUGCCCACGUUCUCUUAGUUCGGGGGGAGGGAGGGACCAGGACUUCAGGACUACAACCCUGAUUCUCCUUUAAAUAAAAGGAUUAACUUAAUAGCAGACUGCUGCUCUCAUUAAAUAGUUCUGUGCUCCUGGGACAACAGGAGAGAUCGAGUAGACAGUAUUUAAUGUAGCUGAUUUCCUGAAUUUGGUUACAAAACAGCAAAGGUCACUUAUGCAAUCAGAAAUGUUUACAAAACAGUUUGUUUACUAUAUACGUAAAUAUAUAUGUACGAGAAUGUUGUGAUGGUACUAUCAGGAAAAGGUUAGUCCAGCUGCAGAGAUCUAAAAGCCUUUCUCCAAAAUAUCCAAAAUUUCUAUAGAAAGAGUGAGAUGUUAUGUAUUUAAUAUACUUGAUCAAAUGUGUAUGUGCUCUUUAGCUCAGAGAGGUAUCUUUUGUGCAAUACAGACUACAGCAAUGUGCCUACAUGAAACUACAAAUGGAUUUUUAUUCUGGAUGUAUUUUGCCUAAGCCAGUAUUUUGUUAUGGUAUGAAAUCACGUUACUGUAGGCAAAUAGCGUGCUAGAUAAUUCCUCAAGUGUUCUAGAUGACUUGAUUUCCUUAUGAAACUACACUUCAAGUAUUUCUACUAAAAUGUGCUAAUCACCCUGAACUGCCUUCUCAGAACUUCUGACUUUGAAAGCCUGUUUAAUACAGGCUGAAGUGUUGUGCUCCACCAGUGGCAUCAAGCAGUCACUUAACUGUAGUAGGUGAUCUUAUAAAUUUUCCCAUUUCUAAAAGGCACUGUUAACCUGUGGGUUUUGAGCCAAACUGACUUCCCAGCGUUCAGUGGCAGUUUUCGUUGAAUGCCAAAUUGCUACCAAUUGUCUUUGAAAAAAUGAAAAACAACUUCACGUCUUACCUGGGACGUUCUAGGAAAGAGUUACAUGGCAUUUUCCAAAAACAAGUGUCAUUCUACCCGUUCUCUGACUGAUACAAUUGGAGAUUAGGAUAGUAUUAGGUAAAGUUUCACUCAAGUAUUGUGGAAUGCGUAGUUGGUGGGUAGAUAUGAGCACUGAUAAUUAUUGAAACAGCUGCCCCUCGGUUUGAACCAAUGAGUGCUGAAAUGAAGGAUUUGGGGUAUUCACGGUUACUUUUUCAUGUUUUGGUAUUAGCCGAGUACACUCCAAAUUCUAACUGUAAUAACGAUAACAAUUUAUUAUAAUACACCUUAAUAAUGUUGAUUUGAAAGAGACAUAGUUCCUGCCUUCAGUAUUUAUCCCUACUGCAGAAGUCCGCCUAACACAGCUCAAGCACAAUCACCUGAGAGCUCUGCUCUCUUUCGCACACUGGUGCAGAAAGAACUGUAUACAUAACAUCAGAUCAUCGAUAGGAAGGACUGCGCCGAGGAUGUAUUUAGGGCAAGAUUAUUUUGAAAUGAUGUCUGUAUCUCUGAAGAAGCGUAGCUAAUAGAAGCUGGGCUUAAAUCAGACAUUUUCUUUCAAAAAUAUUACUUUUUCUCUGGUUGUGUGCAGCCUACUCCCUUGUUGAUAGGAGUCCAUAGAGCUGGGUUCAGCUGUCGUCCCCAGCCAGCCGAGUAAAACCAGCGCUAAAACUCAUCCCUGAUUUGGGUGAGAAAGGUUGGCUUUGGAACUAAGGACGAGGUGGAAGAUAGAGUUACGUGUUGAACUGAUGGUCCCCAGAGAAGAGCUGACGGUCUAAAAGUUGCUCAGAGCCACACAAGGUUAGCAGUUAAAACUGAAGCCAACCAGGAAGGUAAAAUAUGGUGUUGCCUGCAGUGUAGUACUUGCUUAAUAUUGUUUCCUGUGGGCCAGCAUAGAAUAGGGGCCAUGGUGUAAUUGGGGGUAAGAAUGUCAGCGAUGCUCUAAAUGCACAAGAACAGGUGCCGAAACGCUUCCUAAUUCUGUAACUGUCGAGUUUGCAUAAUGGACUAACAACCUACAAAAGCGUAGUUUUACAGAAGCUUAGUUUACUGAGCUGAGUUCCUGAUCCCGCGGUCAGAUCCAUGCAGGAGAGUCUUGUGCCACCACCAAGACCCGGCUGCAGGGCUGGAGUGUGCGAGUAGUCAGUGAAGGGGAAGGGCUGUGAAAGCGAACAAAGCGCUAUCGUAACGUCAGCGUCAAUGUUACAGUUAGGAGCGCAGAAGGCAUAAAGCUCCGUCAGAAACGUUACGCAGUAAUAAUUGAAAUGUCUCCUACCGGUCAUUGAGUAUUGAUGCCCUCUCGAUGCUUGGUCAGAUCAUAUCCCUGUGUGGUUUUCUUGAGUUGGGUUGAAAACACCUGUAAAUAAGUCUGCUCGUAGGAAUGCUGGCAAACCCUGGCCGGUAGCAGCAUUGGGAGCUGCUACAGGGUCACGCUACUUCAAUGUAAUGAACUAAUAAAACUGCUACGCGAUGGUGUGUGCUGCCUUAAAAUCUCUUCUGUUGUUCUUUUCAAGAUAGGCUAUUAAUGUUUGGGGAUGAUUGUUAAGACAUGCAAAUGCAGGCUACGCUUAGCAUGAGGCAAUUGUUCAUCUUUGGUUUUAAACAAAGUUGUAAGAUAACUAUGCAAAUGUAUUUUAUUAAAGGGACACAUAAAAGGA